GAACGAGUGACAAUUUAUCCCAGCCACGGCCACGUGAAGUUUAUCGUCGGUGAAUAUCGUCUGCUGCUAUUCGUUGAGUUGAUUUGCCUUCAGAUUCGGAUAUAUUCACUUGUUUAUAUAAGCCAUCAUGGCCAUGACAAUGUAUGGAUCGACCUUUUUCAUCCUCCUCUUGAUAUCGGCCAUCGAAUUUCAACAAAACAGCGCUCAGAUUACUGAGGAACUUCUCCAUGUCCCAGGAAACGGUUCGGAGGUUCUGUCAUCAGAAUAUGCAACGGAAAUCAACCUGUCGUUUGCUACCGAUACCUAUGCCAGCCAGACUAGCGACGAACAUCAUACGACGUACCACGAGCCUCAAGGAACGCUUUCCUCUGGAUCAGAUGACCAUACUGGAGAGCUUUGGAUCGCCCAUCAGAUAGUCUGGCCUUGGUGGAAGAUUAUCCAGCUGACAGCAGCCAUUGCUGGUAUCAUUGGAAACCUUCUUGUGAUGCUUGUUGUUUUCAGACCCCAAAAAGCCCGACGUUCUACGGACACGCUUCUUGGUGCCCUGGCCAUAGCCGAUUUCCUGACGUCGGUGUUUCUCAUUCCCAUUCCGGAUGUUUCCAACAUCCCCUACACGUGGCUUGGGGGCUUCUACUGCAAGGUGAUCUACACCGCUCGCUUCAUGUGGAUUUCCGUCAGUGCCUCGAUCUUCACACUUACAUUAAUCUCAGUCGAACGUUACAUCGCUAUUAAGCAACCUUUCAAGUUUCGCUUUUUCUUCAGUCCUACAAGGACAAGAUUGGCAAUAAUCAUCGUUUGGAUCAUGGCUUUUAUCCUCAACAGCUUUGCCUUCUUUGUAUUCUUUGUCGACCCUGAUACUCAGUCCUGCAUCCUUCAAUUCCCUACGGCUAAUGGCGCAGAGGUUCUAGGUAUUACUUCCUUCGUCAUUGUCUUGGUGCUACCCAUGGGAAUCAUGUUGGUGACGCAAUCUCUCACUGCGUUGGCCCUCCAUCGCCAGGCCUCGCGUUUUAAGGCACCAGGCAACGGUGCCACUCAGUCCAGCGAACGCCAUCUCAUUGCUAAGGGGCGCGUCAUCAAACUUAUCUUCGUCAUCAACGUCAUUUUCAUCAUUAGUUGGGGUCCUAAUCAGUCGGCUUACCUGGCAUUCAACCUUGGAUACCUUCCAUUUUCUUAUCUAUACGGGCCAUUGGAUCGAGCUCUUGUUGUUCUGGCGUUUUUUAAUAGCUGCGCCAAUCCUGUCAUCUACACUCUACAGUAUCCCAAAUUUCGUAAGGCUGUCCGCGAUCUGUUCUCUCGGUCCAAUACGGAGAGGGCUCCUAUAUUCGAUCAACCUGAGAAAACCCCGGCUUCGAAUCCUGAGUCCGCGUGACCACAUUCCAGUAUCUUUAUGAUUAAACUUUAGAAACCCAUCCAAAUUCCGUUCCAAAUAAACACAUCGGCGAUAUACAUGUAUAAAUCUCAUUAAGUGUGUUCAUUCAAUUCUUAGUUAACUAUCAUAAUUUCUUCUAGAAUGAAAUAUGA